UACUUUUGCGACUUUUUUUACGACGGCUGUGUACUAUAUUUAUUAUUUCUACUCCGAUGAGGUAAGUCGAUCACGUAUUUUCCUACUUUUUUUCCAUACGAGUCAGUGUUAUCGUUCACUCGAUAGUUCAAGGCAAUUAUGGAGCACAUGUAUGACGACUGGAAAUCUUUUAAGAGUAAAACGGAAUUAGACAUACUGGGCGAUUACGCCUCUACAGCGAAACUGCUAACGGAGGUAUUUACGCUUUUUGCCCUCGUUGGUUUGAUAAUGACUAUAUGGGCACCCACUGCACCAUUGCUUCUCGACGUCGUUUUGCCUUUGAACGAGAGCCGUGAGCGAAAAAUAUAUAUUGAAGUAGAAUAUUUCGUCGAUCCGUCCGAAUAUUUUGGUCCGUUGGCAUUGCACGUAACAAUUUGCCUCUGUUCAGGAAUACUUACGACAGUGGCUACUGGAACAAUGUUUUACGGUUACGCUUUACAUGCUUGCGGCGUGUUUAAAAUAGUCAAGUGAGAAUUAGAAGCGAUUAGGUG